UUGAAGUUAGCUUGACCAGCGUAGAAGUUGGAGUGUGCUGAGUUGAAGUGGUGACUCCGGCUCACUUUAAAACAGACUCUCGUCCCGGCGACACUUUCCCCUGAAGCAGCAGGACCGACACUCACACAGAGACGGAACCGCUUUUAUUUUGUCUCCUUCGACAUGGACUGUUUCCUGGACUCGUGCGGACGGCGACCUUAUCUGCUGUUAAUCCAUCUGUUUGUCCUCAGAGCAGCAGCCAACUUAGCCUGCUCGAAACCUCAGGGUGGUGGAAACACCGUCCUCACGACUGAUUCACUUCUAAUGAAUGAUUUCCCUGAAGGCUCUGUUGCCUCUGUAGAGUGUGCUAAUGGAUUCAUUGCUGAAAGUGGUAGUGGGAUUAUUACCUGCACCUCUGCAAAUUGGACUGAACCCAGUCUCGUCUGUAGAAAGAUGGACUGUGGUCCUCCCAGACCUCAGGCAAAUAUGAGUUUUAAUAUCACUUCUGGUACUCUGUUUGGUGCCGUAAUAAAAGUCAUCUGUGAUAAAGGAUACCAGAUCAGAGGAUCGAGCUACAAACAGUGCUAUGCUAAAGGAUGGAGUGGAAAAGCCAAUUGUGAAACUGUGACGUGUGCGAAACCUACAAAAGUGACCAAUGGCAGAAUACUGUGGGAUUCUCAGUAUGACCCCAGAUAUGGCGAAACCAUACAGUUCGAGUGUGAUGAAGGAUACACCCUGAGUGGCACGGGCACCAUCAUGUGCAGUGAAACGGGUGGAUUUGAUCCUCAGCCUCCUGAAUGUAAAAAUGUGACGACAGAAGGGCCGAUUACGCUAGACAUAUCUACACUUCCACCACAAGUGUCCACUUCCACAGAUUUAACUGCCCCAUCCACAACUCACAGAGGUAAAACUAUAACAACUGGCCCACCGUCUACACAAGGUGGCAGAGGCAUUUUCACAGCUGAUGUUAAAGCUACGACCAGCGUAACAUCACCAGCGUCGGCGAAUCGAGACAUGCAUGGUGGUACUGUAGAUACCAGCAAGGAUAAUGGACAUGUGCCUGUCAUCAUCACUGUUGUGUGCGUUUCAGUUGUAAUUUUAAUAAUGGUCGGGUUUUUAUACAAGUUUCUUCUGAGGAGAAAAGGCUCAUAUGACACCAGAGAAGACCUGAAGCCGGAGUUAUUACAGUUCCAAAAUCUUUAGGUUGCCCUCCUCACUCAGCUCUGCAAAUGGAACGAUGCCUAUCUGUUGAAGAACAUCUGUUACCGGAGAGGAUGCCAGUAGGGAAAAAAAGGCAGAACUCACUUUUUUAUGUAUAUUUAUAUAUAUAUAUAUAUUAUUGCACUAUGAAGGACGGAUAACAAAUCCACAGAGAAGUAUUGUAAUUUAAAGGGAAGCAUCACAUUCCAGCUAUCAAAAGCACUUUUUCAUAAUGAUGUAAGUUUUUAUUUACACAUAAUAUUAAUGCAAAGUUGUAAAUAUGUUAAGCGAAAACUGUUUGGUACAUUAUUUAUAUAACAUGUCCUCCGUGUCUCUUUUUUUGAAGUAUUUUAAGUGUCUCUAUAUUUUAAUUUUG